AGAUCUGGCAACCCUGGUUGAGCCUCAGGUAGGACUGUGGAUUGAACUUUGUUCCCGUCAGACUGUUGGGCUGUCAGAAGAGGCCAUGGCCGAUCCUCCUGUGAUCAUCUGGGAACAUGAAGUUGGAAGUCUGCUCCGCUACAGGGACCUGAUCCCCCGCCUGGAGGACGCGUUGGGCAAGUUUUCCCGGCGGGACAGCGCAGAGGUGAUCCAGCCUGUGCGCACGGCGGUGCCGCUGCAGAAACACAGCGGCUUCAUGGGGCUGAUGCCCGCAUACAUGGAGAACGAUGGAGUCCUCUGCACAAAGUUUGCCUGUUUUUACAAGAGGGAGAAAGGCUCCCCUUUGCCCGCUGUUCAAGCUACAGUGGUCCUGUUGGAUCCAGAAUAUGGGAACAUCAAGGCAGUUAUCCAUGGGGAGGUCAUCACAGACAUGAGGACCGCUGCAGUCUCAGCCAUCUCUGCUAAGCUGCUGAUGCCUCCUGGAGCAGAGGUUCUGGCCAUCCUGGGGACCGGCAAACAGGCUCUGAGUCAUUAUAACGUCUUCACUGAAAUCUUUUCCUUUAAAGAGGUUCGUGUUUGGAGCAGGACAAAAGAGAGCGUUGAGAGGUUCGUCCGCUCAGUCGGAGGCGCUGCAAGAGGAUGCAGCUCGGCGGAGGAGGCUGUGAGGGGAGCGGACGUUAUUGUGACAGCGACUGGAUCUACUGAGCCGGUGCUGUAUGGCCAGUGGGUCAAAACAGGAGCCCAUGUUGCAGCUGUGGGAGCCUGCAGGCCAGACUGGCGUGAGCUGGACGACGUGUUGAUGAAGGGCGCCGUGGUGUACGUGGACAGCAGGGAGGGGGCACUGUCAGAGUCCGGGGAUGUCAUCCUGUCAGGGGCUGAGGUGUUUGCAGAGCUGGGAGACGUGAUCAACGGAACAAAAUCUGCUCAAAGAGAGAAGACGACUGUCUUCAAGUCUCUGGGAAUGGGAGUUGAAGAUGCAGUGUCUGCUAAGCUGGUGUUUGACCAAUGGACAGCUAAAGCCACAAAAUCAUGAAUCCUGUUCUUCACUCCUGACGUGUCCGUUUGAACUUUAUAGUCAUGCAGGUUGAGGCAAACUAGAGCAUGUCAGAGAUAUUAGUACUAGGGUGUCGGGCCAAAGUGCUGCCUAUGAUCUCAGUUGUUCUGGAACAGUGUGAAUUUGGCCCACCAGAAGAUGGACGCCAGCAAGAUUUUCACACUGACAAAAUAAAAUGUUUAAAUGGAAAAUGUUA